CGCGCGAACAGGGAGAGGCCUCUCGGGCCCUUCGCGGGGCUGCUUCCCCGCCUGAGGAGCCCGGCGGUUUUCCCGUCCGCUGGCCCGUGGCCUUGCCCAGCGCUGCUCCCGGGGAGCCCGACGGCUGCCGCCCGGGCGCCCCAGAUUUCCCUCUUCGGAGGCCUUUUGCGGGUGAGCGCGCGGGGCCGCGAGCUGAGUGGCUGCUGACCAAGGACCGGCCAAGCCCGCGCUUUCUGCAGCCUUCCCGAUGUGGGCCUGGAGGCAUUAGGGGACGCAGUCUUCUGCCAGUUCAAACAGAGACUGUCUAAGCUGGCACGGGAUUGAUGGCUGUUUAAGUAAGGACAAGAUCCUGUGCAUUCUUCGGAGGAAACCUGUCCAGCGGGGCUAGCUGGGGUAUGCUAGGAAUUGCUGGCUUUUCGCCCCUAUAUAAAGUGGCUACGGCUUGCCCCCUUAAAUUUUUAGGGAAAAGCAAGUCCUAAACUAGAGAAAGUGAAAGCAAUAUAUAGAAGAACUGUACAGACAAGAAGAAAGGAUGACAGACUCUUUCGAAGAGGAAUCCUCUGAGGAAGAGCCUACAGCAUUAGAAACUGAGGUGAAAACUGAAAGCAAUUGAAAGGAAUAAAGUACCUCGAGUAGACAGGAUACCAAUAAAACUACUCAAAGCUAAAGAGACAGAAUUGAUCCAAAUCCUAACAGGAAUAUACCAGUAAAUGUGGGAAACAAAACAGUGACCCACAAACCAGAAACAUUCGCUAUACAUACCAGUCCCCAAGGCAGGAGAUGUCAAGAAGUGCAGAGCUAUAGGGCCAUCGCACUAAUUUCCCAUGCAAACAAAGUGAUGCUCAAAGUAUUGCAACUAAGAAUACUUCCUGUUUGGAGCAAGAAAUGCUUGACUUUCAAGUUGGAUUCUGAAAAGGAAGAGGCGCUCCAGAUUAUAUCGCAAUGUUAUGUUGGCUACUGAAGCGCGCCAAAGCAUUUCAGAUGAUCAGUCUGCGCUUUAUAGAAUAUAGAUUGUGUGGAUCAUGCCAUGGCUGGUUCUGAAAGAAAUUGGUGUGCCUCAGCCAUUGAUUGUUCUGAAGUGUAAUUAUAUUAUGGACAAUAACCUACUGUUAGGAGACAAUACAGUGAAGUAGAAUGGUAAAAGUGUUAGACAAGGUUGUAUUUUAUCUUUCUAUUUGUUUGAGCUGUACAUGAUAAAGGAAAGAAGGAUUAGGAUCUGAGGAAGGAGUGAAAAUUGGGGAUGCAUCAGCAAUUUAAGAUAUGCAGAUGGUACCAUAUUACUGACAGAAAGCAGCAAUGACUUGAAAUCACUCCUGAUGAAGGUAAAAGGAAAAAGAUCAGAACUGAAUAUUAAGAAAACAAAAAUUAUAACUACAGAAGAAUUACAGAACUUUACUGUCAGCAAUGAAGUAACUGAAAUUGUGAAAGGUUUUGUCUGCCUUGGCCAUACAAUUCAGCGGGAGACUGUGGACAAGAAAUUUGAAGACUGAGACUUGGAAGGGCAGUAAUGAAAGAACUAGAAAAAUAAUUAAAUGUGAGGAUGUAUCCCUGGAGAACAAGGCCAGGAUCAUUCACAGCAUUGUAUCUCUGAUCCCUGUGUAUGGGGGUGAAAGACGGACAGUGAAGAAGCCUAACGGGAAGGAAAUGGAUGUGUUUGAAACAUGUUGCUAGAGGAAUAUUCAGUCUGGACCAGCAGAGAGACAGACAAGUGGGUCCUAGAUCAAAUCAAAUUGGAGCUUUCCCUAGAAGCAGCAAUGGCAAAACUGAGGCUGUCAUACUGUUCACACAUCAUAAGAAGAUGGGACUCCGUGGAGAAGACACGCAUGCUAGAGAAAGUCAAAGGCAAAGAAGAAAAGGAAGACCAAAUGCCAUCGAAGAGGAAGGUGGAGACCCAGAUAAUAUUGAAAUAGUUGUUUCAGUAGAUACUCCUAACAAGAAACCAACCAAAGGAAAAGGUAAAAAGCAGGAAACUGAUGAACUCAGCUGUGAUGCUUCAGUGGAAGAUGACUCCUUGGUCAAGGAGAGUGAAUUGGAAGCUCAGGAUGCAAGUGACCAGGAUGGACAUGACGAACUGAAAGACUCUGAGGAACCUGCAGAAAAUGAAGAUGAAUCCUUGAAUUCGAAAGCAUUGCCUCCUGUAGACAAGAAGAAAGCUAAUUCAAAGCAGUCAGAGAAGGACAAUGAAAACCAGGGCAACGACAUUCGAGAGACAGAAGACGAAAGCUUGGCUGCUGCUCAUGAUGGAGAAGAAGAGAAUGAAAGAGAUAAAGCAGGUUCUGGUGAUGGUACACAAGAAGUAUCUAAACCUCUUCCUUCAGAAGAAAGCCUAGCUGAGGCUGAUCACUCGGCUCACGAAGAGAUGGAAGCUAACGUGUCUGUGAAAGAAGCCGAGGAUGAUAACAUAUCGGUUACAAUCCAGGCCGAAGAUGCCAUCACUCUGGAUUUUGAUGGGGAUGACCUUCUAGAAACAGGUAAAAAUCUGAAAAUUACAGAUUCAGAAGCAAGCAAGUCAAAAGAUGGGCAAGAUGCCAUUGCACCGAGCCUGGAGAAGGAAGACAAAGAUUAUGAGAUGACCGAGAACCAUAAAGAUGGUAAGAAGGAAGACUGCGUGAAGGGGGAUCCUGUCAAGAAGGAAGCCCGAGAAAGCACGAAGAAAGCAGAAUCUGGAGACAAAGACAAGGAUACUUUGAAGAAAGGUCCCUCGUCUACUGGGGCCUCUGGUCAAGCAAAGAGCUCUUCUAAGGAAUCUAAAGAAAACAAGAGUACACCCAAGGAUGACAAAGGAAGCGCCAGCAGUGGGAGCAGCAGCAGCUCUACGAAGAACCUGUGGGUUAGUGGGUUGUCCUCCAAUACCAAAGCUGCCGACCUGAAAAAUCUCUUUGGCAAAUAUGGCAAGGUUCUUGCUGCAAAAGUCGUCACCAGUGCCCGAAGCCCUGGAGCGAAAUGCUAUGGCAUUGUGACCAUGUCGUCAAGCACAGAAGUAGCAAGGUGCAUCGCCCAUCUUCAUCGGACAGAGCUCCACGGGCAACAGAUUUCUGUUGAGAAAGUAAAAGGUGAUCCUUCCAAGAAAGAGCUGAAGAAAGACAGUGAUGAGAAAUCCAGCUCCAGUCGGACUCCUGGGGAAAAGAAGACGACAUCCAGCGACAAGGCCAACAAGACUCCCUCCAAAAAGGAUGACAAGAAAUCUGACAAAUCUGAGAAGAAAGAAAGCAAAGAUGUAAAAAAGCCUGAAGGUAAAGAUGAGAAGAGCGACAAUGGAUCCGGCUGCCCUGUUCAAGAGCCUGCUAGAACCCCUGAGGAAAAGAAGCGAAUAAGUGUAAAAAGCCCAAGUCAUAUGGUGGUUCUAGACCAAACCAAAGGAGACCAAGUCCACACCAGACCAAUACGAAGGGGAAGGUUUGAAAAACCACCUAUGUUAAGAACCAAAGAGCGUUUCCUUCAAGAUAAAAUGAAGUUCAGAGACUCCCGAGGCAGAAAGGACAUUGUGCCGUUUGAGAAGAUGAAGGAGCAGCGAAUGAGGGAGCACAUCGUGCGACUAGAACGAAUACGGCGUGCUGUGGAGCUGCGAAGGCGAAGAGAACUUGCCGAGCGAGAGAGGCGUGAGAGGGAGCGGGUCAGACUCCUGCGUGAGCGCGAAGAGCGUGAACGUUUGCAGAGGGAGAGGGAGCGGUUGGAAAUUGAGAGGCAAAAGCUGGAACGAGAGCGGAUGGAACGAGAACGCUUGGAGAGGGAGCGCAUUCGCAUUGAGCAGGAGCGUCGCAAGGAAGCGGAGCGGAUUGCUCGUGAACGGGAGGAGCUUCGGCGCCAGCAGCAGCAGCUGCGAUAUGAGCAGGAGAAAAGAAAUUCCCUGAAACGGCCUCGGGAUGUCGACCACAGAAGAGAUGAAUCCUACUGGAAUGAAAGCAAAAAAAUGUCCUUGGACACAGACACGCGUUUUAGCCACAGUUCUGACUACAGUCGCCAGCAGAACCGGUUCAGUGACUUUGACCAUCGAGACAGGGGCCGCUAUCCAGAAAGCUCUGGUGUGCAGUCCUCGUCUUUUGACAGGCGUGAAAGAUUUGUCAGCCAAAGCGAUGGGAAAAAGACUCGGCCCACUGCACGAAGAGAGGACCCUGGGUUUGAGAGGUACCCCAAAAACUUUGGAGAAUCUAGAAGAAAUGAGCCCCCGCAGCCUCGGAAUGAGCUUCGAGACAGCGACAGGCGGGAAGUGAGAGGAGACCGUGAUGAAAGGAGGACUGUGAUCAUCCAAGACCGGCCUGACAUCCCUCAUGGCCGGCACCCACGAGAGGCUGGCCCCAACCCCUCCCGACAGAGUUCUUGGAAGGGAGACGGAGGUGUUAACCCUGACAAGCGUGAUGCCAGAGAGAGGCCGGAAAGGUCGGGCAGAGACGUCUCUGGGCAUACAGUCAGAGGUGCCCCCUCUGGUAGUCGUAGCAGCACAUCUGGCUAUGGAAGCAGGGAGACGGAGCGCAGCGUGAUGGAGCGUGGCAGUGGUGGACAGCACUACAACGAAGACCGGCAUGUGGUUGAUCGGCACAGUCGUGACACUGGACCAAGGAAAGAGUGGCACGGGCCCAGCUCCCAGGGGAGCAGUUACCACGAUACGCGGAGAAUGGGGGACGGCCGAGCAGGGGGUGGCAUGAUGUCUCCCCACUCCAGUAAUUCCUCACCUAUUAACAGAGUUGUACAGAUUACGGGCAAUUCCAUGCAGAGAGGAAGUGGUUCAGGAUUUAAGCAAUUUAAGAGUGGACCACCACGAAGAUUCUGAGGUUCAGCACCUGCUCGCUCCUUGGUUUCAAGAUAACUUAUUGGAAAUCUCUUGUGAACAAGAAGCCUUGGCUAAGAAAACUUUUUUAUUUUAAAAUAAUUACUUUUUUUCUCUCUUUUGGAGGCAUUUUAAAUAAGUUAGGCUGUUGGAUUUUGGAUAGUUCAUUGUACCUUUUUGAUGAGCAUUUCCCCUGUAAUUCUAGGAGCUCUGAAACAAAUUGGAACCAAACACUUGAACGCUGUACAAAGAGAGGGCUUGAUUUGCACUCGGUAGUUCCAUUGAUCAGCAUUAGCUCUGUGAUACCAGAAAUGAAAUUAGGUACUUAUCACAAAACACACUGAUAACUAAACUGUACAUGAACAACCCUCCCCCUGCCCCUGCUUUAUAAUGUGUAGAGAAUAACAUUGGUUGUUUCAUUUCUGGGUAUUAUGUAACCUAUUUUUUCAGAAGUUGUUACACUGAGUGGAUCUGUAUCCUGGCCGAUGUAUCCUUUUGAAAUAAACCUUCAUAAUCUGUA